AUGUUUUGUCAGGUUUUACCAGUGCAAGGUGAUUUAGAAAAAGAUGAAGAUAUAAAAGCACUUCUUGAGGCCACAAUAAAACACUUCGGAAAGCUGGAUAUUUUGGUAAGAACAAUGUUGUUGCUGUUGAUGGCACAAACCCAAUCCUUUAAGUAACUUUCCUUUCAAUGUUAUAAUUUUUGUAUAAGCAACUAUUACCCAAAAUAUUCAACUGAAUUUGAUAUGAUAUAUAUUAUUAUAAACCAUGUUAUGUACAUCCCGAACACCAUAUAUUAAACAGCCAAGGGGCCGGGGUGGGGGGGAGUUAGAGAUUGUUAAGUCCCUAGUGAUUUACUUAUAGUGUACUUUCCACAAGAAUCAGAUCAGUGAACCUGCUCUGAUAUGGGACCUGUGAUUAUUUUAAAUUGUCCUUAUUUAAUCACCUAAACCUUAUUUAUUAAAAUUUAGAUUCUGACUCAUUUGUUCCCAUGAUGCAUUUCCUAUAAAAGUAUUGAGGACAAGUUAAUUGUCUUGUGCAAUCAUGUCCUUAAUUAUCAUCGCCAAUCUGUUGUUGUUCGGAGGGCUGUGCUCUAAAAAAAAUUGAAGGGAGCCCAGUGCUCUGAACUUGUGAAAUACAGUGUGCCCAGCAUAUGAUUAGUCGCCCGAGAACAAAAGUUAGGCACCAUAGGCCACCGGGUUCUGCUAGAGCACAGCCUUGUCCUGAAAAGGUUUGUUGCUGAUCUGAUUCUUAACCCUUUAAUUAGGGCUUAAAUAGUGAGGAAGGCUAGAAGUUCUAGCAGUAUGCAGAUGUGAAACCAGGGGCGGAUCCAGGAUUUUUCUUGGGAGGUGGUGCACCAGUAAGGAAUAAAGUAACUGACUGAUGAUGUAAACAAAUUUUGAUACAGAAUACCACAUCUCAGCGUAUGCUAUCUUCUGUUAAUGUGUCGUGUGAUCUUAAUGUUUAAAUGAUUUAUUUUUAUAUCUUUAUUUACAAAAUAUCGAAGAUACCAUUCGUGCUCUGAUUGGUCGAGAGGUGUGUUUGCAUAAGAGUAUGUAAACAUGGUUGUCACAAAAGCACAAAAUUAGAAACUUUUUUUAGUUGAAAACUUGACAAGUUUACUUUAUUUACCCAUUCCCUUGUUGGCUGAAACUAGAAAAAUCUUUAGAAACACGCUGUGUCAAUUUGUUCUCGCUUAAGCUGACAUUUUAAGCAAGAAAAAUCCGUAUAUUGGAAAGCUUCUUUUUUGCAAAACAAGAACUGGUUACUACGUGAGCAAGACUUCAUGUACGAGACUGGUAAGAAUUUCUCUUUUAAUCAUUUCCAUAACAAAGAAAAAAGUAAUAAAAGCAAUAGAAAAUUUUUUCCUGUAUUUUGCAUACUAACUCUCAAGGGGUUGGGAAAAUUCUAGACAGUUAUGCAAACCCUUGACCUCAUCUUGGGUUUGCAUAACUGUCUCGAAUUCUCCCAACCCCUCUCGUGUUUAUAUCAGGCUAUGCAAACAAUGAAAACGUUUUCUAUUGCUUAAAUGUUUUCUCCUAUACCACAGGUUAAUAAUGCGGGUAUCGUUGCUAAGGGAACUAUUGAAACUACAUCCUUGGAAUCAUUUGACAAAGUAAUGCGGAUAAAUACAAGGUGAUAUGUACAUCAAGUUAAAUUCCUAAAGUAAACUAGUCUAGUAAAGGGUGCAUUGGAAAAAAUGUGCUUGUGUCCUUGUUGAAACCUAAUGACAAAAUUGAAACGAGAUAGAAUGUUUUUUUUUUUUUCAGGGGGAAGGGGUUGGUUGUAUUCUUCAGUGCACAUGGUAAUUUAGCUGUUUGAUUAGCAAUCGAACUGGAAAGAGUUUGUUAAUGGUGAUAAUCAGGACCAAAAACUUUUAACCUCAGCUUGAAGAUAAUUUGCUAGUCCCUUAACCCUUUGUUUUAUCAAGGUUACACUAGUGUAGCACUUGACCAUUGCUGUAGCCUGCUGAGGUGAUGUGGUUGUUGUAGAGAGGUUGAAAGAAGUAUGAAGAGGUCAAAUUGUGGAAUGACUUUGAGUCAAAGAAAGUAGCCAUUGAAAUAGCCAGAAAAGAGAAUAGUAUUUCAAGUGUUUCUGAGUUCAUUUUGGUCGCGAAAUAUGUUUGUGGGAACUGGAAAACCAGUUGCAUGUACAGUUCGGCUUUUACAUAAAUUUUUGUACUCUAGUGUUUAUUAUGAUAUUAUGAUAUUGUUUAUGUUCCGAUUCACAGGGCAGUUUUUUACCUGACAUCCUUAGCUGUACCCUAUCUGACGGAAACAAAAGGUAACACACUCUAUGUCAUCAGAGAUACUUAGAUACUGAGCUGCGUGAGAAUAUCUUACAAAACAAAACUUACACCAUUUAGUAAAAUCCUACUAGUGGUCUAUUAUCAACGCUGCAUUAAUUCUGAUUGGUUGAGCUACUACUAGGCUAUAUGUUAUAGCCCACUAGUAGUGGCGCAGGCUUUGAAUACCAAAAAAAUUAUGGCUGAACUGCGCUUUGCUAGCCAAAGUUGUUUUGUCU